ACUCUCCUCCCCCCUCUCUCUCUAUAACACACUGAGCUUCGCCGUGAAAAUUUUCUCCGGCACCGGGAAAUUGAUAAACGUGGAUAGCAUAAAAAUCAUUCUAUUAGAUACGAACCGUGAUGCUUGUUACGAAGGUGACGUGGCGGUUAGUGUAUUGCCGGAGAUAUCGAGAACCGAGGUUGUGACCGGAGGCACUUUCGUGUUUUUUUAUUAUUUAUUUUGUAAUUGUGUUUCGAGUUUUGGUAAGAGAUGGAAGGACAGGCGAAGCUGACGAGGACACAGUCAUCGCUGCUCCGGUCAUCGUCGACGGUACGGUCGUCUUUUCUCAGCUUAAACGAAGACUCUCACCAGAAACAAGAUCUAGAAGCGGGAGAGAAAGAAGAGAAACAGAGAAGAAAACCGCCUAAACCGUUCGGUUCAAGUCCUCGAACCGGGUUAAACCGGAUUAACCCGGGUCUAGCCUUCACCAUGGUCUCCCUCUCCUUCCUUAGCCUCUCGUCUUUCUUCUUCUUCGUCGUGUUCUCCCAAACCGAAGAGCUUCUCACCUCCGAGAAUCUCCUCUUAGCUCUGAUCUUCGUCGCCGUCGCUCUCUUCCUCGCCUCCAAGAACAUCGCGCGUCUAAACCGGACGGUACUCGCGGUCAAGCAAAUCUGCGACGAAACCACUAAAAGCCUAGGCUUUCAGAGCAAGAACCGGUCUAAACCGGUUAAAUGGUACAUCGGGGAUACGGAAACCAAACCGGAUAAGAAAACCAAGCGGUUUGUGAAAGAAGGUGUGCAGUUCUAUAGUAAUGGAGAUUUCUACGAAGGGGAGUUUCACAAAGGGAAGUGUAAUGGGAGUGGUGUGUAUUACUACUUCGUUAGAGGAAGGUACGAAGGUGAUUGGGUGGAUGGGAGAUACGAUGGUCAUGGGAUCGAGAGCUGGGCUAGAGGAAGUAGGUAUAAAGGUCAGUAUAGGCAAGGUCUUAGACAUGGUUAUGGAGUUUAUAGAUUCUACACUGGUGAUUGCUAUGCUGGUGAGUGGCUUAAUGGUCAAAGCCAUGGCUUUGGUGUUCAGUCUUGUGCUGAUGGCAGCUCUUAUGUUGGUGAGUCAAGAUUUGGUGUCAAACAUGGGCUUGGAUCUUACCAUUUCAGAAAUGGAGAUUGUUAUGCAGGAGAGUAUUUUGGAGACAAGAUUCAUGGGUUUGGUGUGUAUCGUUUUGCUAAUGGUCAUUGUUAUGAAGGAGCCUGGCAUGAAGGUCGUAAGCAAGGGUAUGGUGCUUACUCGUUUAGAUCUGGUGAUGCUAAGUCCGGUGAGUGGGAUUCAGGGAGUCUUGUGACUUCUCUUCAUCCCACGAGCGAGCCGGUUCGCAGAGCGGUUCAGGCUGCUAGAGAAACUGCUAAGAAGGCAGUGAACCCGAGACGAGUAGAUGAACAGGUUAGUCGAGCUGUGGCUGCAGCUAAUAAGGCUGCUACGGCUGCUAGAGUAGCUGCUGUUAAAGCCGUUCAGAAUCAGAUGGAUGGUAAAUUUUGUCAAAGUUGA